AUGGAUAGCAACCGAGUGAUACAAGAAUCAGGAUGGGAUACAUCACCCCAAUUUGGUCCCUCUAAGGCUAAGAUCUUGGAUUUCAACCCAAUCUGUCUUAACUCAUUAUUAGUCCAAAUGGAAGAAGAUCUCUCCAAGUUAUAUGCCAUGAACAAAUCAAUUGACCCAAGUUAUAAACAUUUACCUCAUACUGGGCUUGUUUUAGCAGUAGCAUCCAAUAAUAAUUUUAAAUGGAUCAUCAGUCAUCCCAGAAAGCUAUCAUUCCAGUCUUGGUUUCAAACCUCUCUGGCCUCAAAAGACAAUAUUGCUGCUUUUGCUGUCUGUAUGCCAUGUCCUUCAAUUUUGAAAACUUUGUUGGAGGCUCUUUUUGCUCAUUCUAGAACAGAAGUUUUACAUAUGGUAGAGGUUGUGUGCAACACAUUUAAUGUUGUGCUUUGCCCAAUGUGUAGAGCUUGUUUGUCAAAAUGUGUCACUGUUAGAAGGGUUGAAGAGAUUAAUUGGAUCAAGGUUUCAGAUGAAGAAGUGAUUAGAUGUAAAAAAUACAAAGUGUUUGGUGCUAAUCCUACGAUCUUAAUUCAUUGA